CUCUUAGUCCACCUGGAAUGUGCUGAGGCUCAGGGAGAGACCGGAUCAGACCAAAGCUGGACGCAGACCGGACCAGGACCAGAACCAGGACCAGGACCAGGACCCGGAGCCACGUUGGAGACCUGAGCAUCCCGGUUCCUAUUGGUUUAAUAAUCGGAUUCAUCAGCUGCAAUGAAUCAGACCAAGACAGAGUUUGAGCCUUUUGAGUAUUCCUACUAUGAUUAUCCAGACUUUUACUCAAACAACGCAGAGCCAACCAAACCGCCCAAAGAAAUUAUUUUACCAUGUGACCCCAUAGCAGACGACAAACUCUUCCACAUAUGCAUCCUGUCCAUUUCUCUGGUCGUGAUGCUAAUCCUGGCAGCUCUCAGCAGGAAAAACAAACUCUGUCAAGGUUUCACCAGAGGAUCCUCCAGCAUCUUCAGUCCAGCCAACUUCCUGGAUCAGACUCAGGCGAAAGGCCUGGCCAUGGCUGUGUUCGGACUGGUUUUCAGUAAACUGGCCGUACUGGUGAUCGCCGCAGAGCCUCUGCCGUUCUCCAAAGACACUCCAGCAGAAAGAAAAGAGUACAUGAAGAUCGUGGCCAUCUUCUACUAUCCGGUCCUCUACUAUCCUCUGUUGGUUUGUGGAACUCUGCAGCUCAAAGCCGGUUACGUCUUCGGGACGCUGCUGUCCUUCAGUCACUUUGGAGUCCUGCUGUGGCAGAAGUUUGACUGUCCAAAGACUCCAGAGAUUUAUAAAUUCUACUCGCUGCUCGCCGCUCUGCCUCAGUUGGCCUGUCUGGCUUAUCUGUGCGUCCAGUUUCCUCUACUGUUCAUCAAAGGUCCGAAAACAGACGAGGACUUGGACAGCAGCUACUACACCGACUAUGUCAAGUCACUGCUGAAGAAAAGGCCGUCAGCUGUGAGCUCUUCAGCUUCAGACAAACUGACGCUGAUGAAGCGGAUACAGGACGUGCUCAAAGGUUACAUUUACCUUCCGGAAAAAGUGUUUCGUUUUCCUCUGAAGCUGGCCGUUUCUGCAUUUGUUGCCUUUAUGACCAUUUACCAUACGGCGCUGCUGUUGGUCGUCCUCGUCGUCCCCAUCCUUCACAUCGUCCGAGCCGGUAUCGAUGAGAACAUCGCCUUCCUGCUGCUGGGCUUCGGCAUCGUCCUAUCAGACGACAGGAUGGAGGUCGUCAGGAUCGUGACCUUCUACACGUGGCUGCUGGAAGUGUGUUACCUGUGUGCGAUGACUCUGUCCUGUCUGGUCAGUCUGGUCAUGCUCAUGAGGUCCAUGGUUCUCCACAGAUCGAACCUGAAGGGUCUCUACAAAGGAGACGUCUACAACAUCUACAACAGCCAGAAGACCAUCCAGCCGUCCAGACCGGGAGUGGUCUGUUGGAUGGGGCUGAUGGGAUACCAGGCCGCCAUCGUCAGCCUCGGAAUGGCGAUCCAGACUCUGGUGUUCUUCAUCUGUUUCCUCUUCCUGGUGUUUUUAAUCAUCAUCCCUGUUUUUUACGGCCGUAACCUCAUUGUGUUCCAGAUGGCUGGCAUGGCCUGGCCGGCUUGGGUCACGCUCAUCCUCGUCACUCUGCUUCAGCACAUCACCGCCAAGUUUGCGUUCAUCAAAAAGGAGGCGGGAACAAGAGACUUGAACAACAGAGACAGUCUGUUCCUGCUGACAUACCUGCUGUUCCUCGUCAACGUAGUGGUCGGUCUGAUUGUUGGGAUCUGGAGAAUGGUCAUCACUGCGUUGUACAACAUCAUCCACCUCGGUCGCAUCGACAUCAGCCUGUUGCACCGAACCUCAGAGUCCUACGACCCAGCCUACAGCUACUACACAAACUUCCUGAAGGUGGAGGUGAGCCAGUCCCACCCAGUGAUGAAGGCUUUCUGUGGUAUUCUGCUGGACAUGAUGAUGGAGGGAGGACGUGUAGGACAGAAGAUACGGGAUGCAGAGGAAGCCUGCUCCUCCAUGCUUUCAGGGAUCCAGGAGAAGAGGCAGGACAAGACGUCGACGGCUCGGCGGAUCCGCCUUCGAUGGCAGCUGCUCUACACCCUGGUCAACAACCCGUCACUGCUGGGCUCCAGGAAGCACUUCCAGACUCUGCAGACCACCGACGGCGUCCUGAACGGGACCCCCAACCGCAAGAGCAAGAAGGGCAGCAAGAAGGAGGAGGCCAAGACCACCGAGGAGCCGGUCCAGACUGCCGAGACCACUACGAAACCAGAGCAAACAGACGAAUCCUGAGAGCAGAGAGUGUUUUCUAAAGGUCUUUACUGAAAUCUCACCACCUGAUAGAGUCUGGCUCAUGAUUAGAAUGACUGUUUUUAGUGCUAUUAUUUAUUGGAUCUAAUUAUUUGUCCUCUUAUUGAUUCUGUUUGUCUUUGUUGCUUCCAUUUUUACUGUUUUUACUGUUACUGUUUACAGUCUGUACCCACUUUGUUUUAUUUCUGCAGCUAUAUCUGUCAGUGUUUAAUUAGCAUCUCAUUUUCAACUUGUCAUUCAUCUGUAAAGUGAAUUAUAUUAAUGUGAACCAAAGGCACGAUGAAAAUAAAGAGUGAUUUGUAGUAAACACAGA